ACCUCCUGUCCAGGGCCUCGCCAGGACCUCCGGGCUGCAGAGACCUUCCCUCUUCCGUUAACUCUCCAGUUACCAGCUUUGCCUGAACCGCCCACGGUGGUCUUUCAAGCCAGGCUUCUCUGUACUAUUUCUUGCCUGUGUGGUGUAUUGAUGUAGCAACUUGAAUAAACGGUAAGCUCCCGAUGCAGGGUAAAUGAUCGAAGCUUUCUUUGCCAUACAGUUGCCCAGAUACAGCAAGCCAUGUUGCAGACGCUCAGUGAGUGUUUUGUGGCUCGUGGAUGAAGUGGCCGGUGUGCUUAUUGCCCAGAAGCUCUUGGCUCUAACAAUCUUGUGGAGCUUGUGUGUCCUUCGAUCCCGCAUCUUUCUUACCCUCUCAUUCAUCUCUUCUUUGCAUUUGGUCUCCUUCCUCUCCAGACCCCCUCUCGGCUUUUCAUGCAGGCUAGUUUAAGUGUUAAGAGCUACCUGGUACAAUUGGGACACCAGUGGACUUGUACAACCAGUGCUGGAACCAGGACAGUGGCUGUACCGAUGAACAUUUUCAUUGAUAAUGUUUUUAUUUGAUUUUGUGAGAUAUGCGUACAUGUAAAUACAACUUGUGCAGUUAAAGAUUAAUAUUGAAGUGAAUUUCCCUGUGCCCACCACCACAUCAUAAAUAAUCGAGAUGAAUGACACCGGCACUACGUCUGCCCCUCCCCAGACCUUGCCCGCUCUGAACGAGAGCUAUGACUCUCAUAAUUCUGCCCCAAUGCUUGCCUCUGCCUCCCUCACCCUUCAAAAGUGGCUCGUCCAUCCUUCCUUCUCUCCAUCAGCUGCCUCUGCUCAUGUAAUACAUAUGCAUCUUAAAGUUUGGGUUUAAGAACUGAAGGUCAACAACCUGUGAUGCAAAUAGUUGACACUCGAAACUGCAGGGCCGAAUCAACAACAGACUACGUUGAUAAUGAGGAAGAGACUAAGAAAGUGCUGUGCAUCCUCCUCAACCUGGGGCUCCUGCUCGUGGCGCUCGUGGUGGCCGCCAUCCUGCUCUGGAAGUUCGUGGAGAACAAGUGCUUGGGGUCCCGGAUAGAGUGUGGCAACUCAGGAAUCUGCAUCAGCGCCUCCCAGUGGUGUGACGGGAUCCUGCACUGCCCCAACGGGGAGGACGAGAACCGGUGUGUUCGCCUGUAUGGACCGAACUUCAUCCUCCAGGUGUACUCGUCUCAGAGGAAGUCCUGGCACCCCGUGUGUGAAGACGACUGGAGCGAGAGCUACGGGAGGGCCGCAUGCCGUGACAUGGGCUAUGGGAAUAGUUUUUAUUCCAGCCAAGGAAUAAAGGAUGACAGCGGGGCCACAAGCUUUAUGAAGCUGAACACAAGUGCCGACAAUAUCGAUCUCUAUAAAAAACUGUACCAUAGUGAUGUCUGUUCUUCAAAAAAAGUGGUUUCUUUACGCUGUAUAGAGUGUGGGGUCUCCUCGAAACAACAGAGCCGGAUUGUGGGCGGGGCGAACGCGGCCCUGGGGGAGUGGCCCUGGCAGGUCAGUCUGCACGUCCAGGAUGUCCACGUCUGCGGAGGCUCCAUCAUCACCCCCGAGUGGAUCGUGACCGCCGCCCACUGCGUGGAGCCGCCGCUUAACAGCCCCCAGUACUGGACAGCCUUCGCAGGCAUUUUGAGCCAAUCUUUAAUGUUCUACGGAAAUGGACACCGAGUGGGAAAAGUGAUUGCUCAUCCGAAUUACGAUUCCAAGACCAAGAACAAUGACAUCGCUCUGAUGAAGCUUGAGGCCCCUCUGACUUUUAACGACAGAGUGAAACCAGUGUGUCUGCCGAACCCGGGCAUGAGGCUGGAGCCAAAACAGUCCUGCUGGAUCUCCGGGUGGGGCGCCACCUACGAGAAAGGGAAAACCUCAGACCUGCUGAACGCCGCCAUGGUCCCCCUGAUCGAGCCCGAGCAAUGCAACAACAAGUUCAUCUACAACAAUCUCAUCACGCCCGCCAUGAUCUGUGCCGGGUAUCUGGAGGGGAACGUCGAUUCCUGCCAGGGUGACAGUGGAGGUCCUCUGGUCACUCUGAAGAGUAGCAUCUGGUGGCUGAUUGGGGACACGAGCUGGGGAUCCGGAUGUGCCCAGAUUAACAGACCGGGAGUGUACGGGAAUGUGACAGUAUUCACAGACUGGAUCUACCAAGAGAUGAGGGUAACUCUCCCGUCCUCCUUCUGACUGAGUUCUUCAACUUGCGGCGUCAAAGCCCAGAUAUCUGCGGGGUGUGGUCCUGAGCUGACUGCUGACCCCCCCUCGGCGGGAUGCAAACUCUGCCUCCCGUGGCCGUGGGUUUGCGUCAGCAUCCUCUUCCCCGUCCCUCCAAGGCCCACCCAUCACUGCUGACCAGCAUCACUUGCCCGCUGCCCCGUGGUGCUUGGAUGAAAAGAUCUGGGGUCCAGGGCUAACUGUGUGGGCUUCCUUGUGCCCUGCUGACCACACUUAAUUCUGGCUCAGCUGGCUCUGUUCACCCACCAAGACCUCAUCGAUGAGUGUGGGCUGAGAGCAGAGCGACGCAGGUCAGCCAGUUGAGUCGUGACGGUGCCCCCUCCUUUUCUGGGCCAUUGAGUGUGCCCUGGGGCGGAGGAGCAGCCGUGCUUCUCUGGUCCAAGGAAAGCCUGGGACGAUGGGAACGGUCCAAGGGUGCCCUGCGGCCCUGCCCUCCCGGACUCCCAACCUGACCGGUACUGCUUAGCAGAGCCCUUUCCUUGGGUGCUGCCCGGACCGUGGUGAGGACCAGCUCUCUGCCCCUCAGGGGCAUCAGGGCUGGCAGCUUUCACAGAUUUCUGCCCCUUCUGGGACUGGGCUCCUGAUGAAAGACAAAGUUCUCUUCUGUCUUCUUUCAAGUCUGCAGAGGCACCCAGUCUGUAGAGGGAGGGUCAGAACCACAGGGCAUCGCCCAACGAGGCUGGCCCGUGUCACCCCCAGAUGGAACCACGGCAACUAUUACCUUCAAGUGACCACAGGGGCAGGCCAGUCUGCACCUGGCCAAGGGCCGGGCACUGGAAAUAGACGACCCCAGCUGCGCUGUGGGGGCCUGCAUGGUGGAGGAAAGCCUGUGGGGUUGGGCGUGCCCGGGAGGGGAAGAUGCUCCAGACACCUCGAGGGAGGCGAGAUAGGCCAAGGGGUGGACUGUCUCUCCAGGACAUGAGAGAGCAGACGGGCACAGUGUGAUGAGCCAGUGGCCCAGCAUGGCCGGAGCGUGGAGCGAAAGGACCGGGUGCAGGAGAGAUGGUGGAGUAGAAAGCAAGGACCAAUUAAACACAAUGUGUUUCAGUGGCUAACACAAGCUUGAUUUUCCCGCACAAAGCUGCGCUAAAUGGCUGGAUCCCACACGCCCCGUUCUCCCUGUUCUCUCUAGGCCUUCGCCCACGCUAUUCUGUCGCCCUGAGCCCCUUCCCCUCCAUUGUCAGCCCCACUCCAGGCCCUUCAUGCCGUAGGAAAACACAUUCCUCUGUCCUGCUGGGCUUGCUGAUUUGGGUGUAAGGGCCUCAUGCCAAUCUAGGAGAGAAAAAUAAUUGUCUGCCUUUGUCUUGAGAAAAUAAUGUCAUUUUUUUUUCCUUUUU